AUGUUAUUCUCUCGCUCUAUAUGGCCAUGGCAACGGCGAUUCGGAAAGACUGCUCUCGCAUCAUGGUUCUUUGUUCUCGUCACUUUCUUGAUUGCGCUUCGAUUUCUCGCGCUUCCAAAUCUCCAGCGCUUGCACCUCCAAGUAGGGGUUUCGCUAUUCGAUGAUGGAUUUUAUGGAUUUUAUCCAACUCGCAAAUAUGUCUCGUUUGAAUAUGAAUCUCCGGCCGUGGAGCUGGCCAAAUGGAGUCCCAAGUGCAGUGAUGACUAUACUUUCAUGGCGCCACAUGGGAGCGCUGUUGAGAACCCGGGUGCUAUGAUAUUAGAUUCUCGUGGCAAUCUUGUCUGGAUGAUGAAGCCGAGGUCUGACAAAACGCAGGACUUUCGUGUACAAGAAUAUUUAGGUGAACAGUAUUUGACGUACUGGCACGGAGCAGCAGAUAACGGGCAUGGUCGUGGUGCUUGGUCCAUGUUGGAUACAACUUAUACGCCCCGUUUUGAAGUCAAGGCAGUCGGCAAUCAUGAUGGUGACAUGCACGAUUUCCAGAUCACGAAGAAUGGAACCGCCAUGGUGAUUGUGUAUGAUGUCCAACCAACAGAUUUGAGCCAGUUUGGAGGCCCCGAAUACGGCUACUUCUCUGAAUGUCUUUUCCAGGAGAUUGAUAUUGCUACUGGAGAACUGAUCUUCGAAUGGCGAAUGUCAGAGCAUGUCCCCCUAAACGCCUCAUACGAGCAACUAAAAGACCGCGGCUGGUCGACCAGCGACGCCUACGACGUCUUCCACAUGAACAGCAUUGACAAAGAUAGUGCAGGCAACUAUCUUGUCUCUGCACGCCACACACACUCGAUUAUGAGCAUCGACGGCAGGACCGGCGAGAUCCUAUGGACAUUAGGUGGCAAGUUCAACGAUUUCACCGAUGCAUCCGAUGGACAAGCUACGAAUUUCUGCUGGCAACACGAUGCGCGAUGGCGCGGGGAGCGAACUCUGACCCUUUUCGACAACACCGCCGAGCAAUUUAUGGACGGACCGACAGAGAGCCGUGGAAUGACUCUUGAGCUCGAUACCGAUAACAAGAUUGCGCGCCUGCGCUCCGAAUACUACCACCCCGAAGGAAUUCGCGCCACAUCCCAGGGAAAUAUGCAGGUCCUGCCUAACUCGGGCAAUGUUUUAAUCGCGUGGGGUCACUGCGCGGCGUUUACCGAAUUCUCAAGCGACGGAGAGAUGCUUUGCGACACACAUUUUGCGCCUUCGAACUGGUUCCAGCUUGGCCAGGCCGUUUCGUAUCGUAUCGCCAAGGGGAGAUGGGCUGGACAACCGAACACGAACCCAAAGGGCGCCGUGGUUGACUCGUCGGUGUUUGUGAGCUGGAACGGUGCGACAGAAGUCAGGUCCUGGAGACUUGAGCUGUGGGAUGGAGUGGACAUGAAAGAGAUGAAGUUUCAUCCUCAUAGCGUCGCUCAAAAAGAGGGCUUUGAGACGGAGAUCGAACUCCCUAACAUUCCUCACGUCUAUUUCCGGGUCGCUGCCUUGAAUGACAAGGGCGAGCUCCUCGGUGCUACCGAUACACUGAGCUGGCAGCUUCGCGAGAGCCAAAAAUCCCCUCUCGCCAUCCCACCUGGUAUUGUGCUCUCUAUCUCAAUGAUCGCGUGCUGCGUGUUGCUGGGGGCUUACUGGAUUUGGAGGAGGUGCACCCGCCACAAGUCUCAAAUCUUGGGUUACAAGCCCGUUUCACUCGCGGUCAGUGAGAUCAGUGAGCAGGAUGAAGAAGCUCGAUCAUUCUUGCGAGCAUCUGUUUCAUCUGCAGAUCGACCAACAUUACUCUCCCAACCUUGA